AGAACCCAGGCACAAAGAACGGCCAGACGAUUCGAGUAGAUCUGCGUGGGAUUGGCGCAGUUUUGUGAGUUGCUGAUUGUACCAAACCUGGUCAGAGAAGAGCUGCAGGUCUCAGUUAAUCAGAGCAGCCGCUCUCUGCAAUUCCAUCGAGUUGCCGGAACACUGCCAGGGGACCCAUGCGUUUUUAUAAUAUGUCGACGAACUUACUGUUGGUUCCAAUCCCGGAGUCAUGCGACAAUGUGAUGAACAGAGACAUCAAGAUCGCAGUUUUAGGGUCAAGCACUGUUGGGAAAACAGCAUUGAUUGUCCGGUUCUUAACUAAGAGAUUUAUUGGGGAUUAUGAAUCAAAUACAGGAAAUCUUUAUUCAAGACUGGUUCAUAUUGAAGGGGAGCAGCUUUCAGUCCAAGUGCAAGACACACCUUGUGUCCAGGCUCAAGGAGAGUGUGCACGUUUUCCUGACCUUGUCUCCAGGUGCAUUCACUGGGCUGAGGGAUUUAUCUUGGUGUAUUCAAUAACAGACUACAACAGUUACAAACUGAUUCGACCCCUGUAUCAGCAUAUACGCAAAAUGUACCCUGAUACAAAAGUCCCUGUGAUCAUUGUUGCUAAUAAGAGUGACCUAUUGCAUGCCAGACAAGUUCAGACUAAUGAUGGAAUCCAAUUAGCAAAUGAGCUUGGUGCAACUUUCUUAGAAAUCUCUACCAGGGAAAAUUAUGAGGAUGUGUAUGAUGUUUUUCAACAUGCCUACAAAGAGGUGAGCAAACUGCAUAUGAACAAUAAUGGAGAAAAACGAAGAGGAUCAAUUAUUCCACGCCCCAAGUCACCCAACAUGCAAGAUUUAAAACGACGUUUCAAACAAGCUCUUUCUUCCAAAGUGAAAUCUGGUGCCACGUUAUGAUGUGGAUAUUAAAACAAUCAAGCCCAGUGGAUAACAAGCAGAAUUGCACAGUAUUCAUAUGACUUUGUAAAUGGUGCAUUUUGCCUCCAGCAAGAUUAUAAACAUAGUUUUAAAUGAUGGCAGUGCAAUGAUGAAUAUUACAGUGAUUGACUCACUGUGGAGCAAGGUUUGCCUGAGGGCAUUGACUAUCUCUUUACAUGCUAAUGCUCAAAUAAUUUCUGCUACCACAGUGUAGCAAUGUUUUGUUUGUGAAUGUCUUGUGUUGACCCUUGAAAAGAUAGCAGAAUAGUUUUUCUAAUGUUGCCAAUAAUAACUUUUCAGAAUGUGUAAUGGAGCGUAUUCGUUGUAUGGUACAGUUGUAUUGAGUCUUGCAAUACAUUGUGAAGUAAGUGAAAAUAUGAGGACGGACCUGGGACAACAGAAUAGUCAAAAAGAUUUAAAAACUGCUACAGAUUUUGGGAGAUUGGAGUGUAAGCAAAGCAAAUUAUGUAAGAGAUCAGGUGUAAGAAUUCUCAGCAGUCUCUGUUGCCAUUAUGAAGUUGCAACUAGCCAUUGGAAUUUUGAUUUACGGAUUCCAGUCUAAGAAAAUGUAAUUAUUUUUCAAUUCUAGUUUAUAGAUUUUGAAAAUUAUACAAAGCAUUACUGUCCAUCAUUUGUGUAAUGAGUUUGUAAUGACCUAUAUUUUAUUGAUAACUUUUACUGUAUUUUAUACGAACAAUGAUUUAGUUACUCUUGUAACUAAAUACAAAAUGUGUUCAUUUCUAUAUUGCUAUAAAAGACAUUUGUACAACUAUUUGUAGAUUUGUUCUAAUUCUGUAACAUUAGAAAUUCAGUCAUCCACAAAGACAACUUUUUUUUGACAGAGGUUCAAUUGAUUUUUAAUUUUGUUAUGAUAAAAUUAGUAAUUUACUGAAUGAAUUGCAGUGUUUUGUAUUUUGAUAAUUGAGGAAAAUUUUGAGUCAGGCUUCAGGUGAUGUGGUCACCCCUUGAUACAUUUGGUUUCAGUCCAUCAGUAUUUUGCAAAGUAUCCAUUGCGUGGAGAGACUGGGCUGAAGAAAGUACUGCAAGAAUUUUGUCUUGUGGUGUCACGCAAGUUAAAUACAUUUGCUUCACCAGUUAACUAAUUUAUAAAUUAAUGACCCAGUAAAAGAUAAGUGCCAUGAAAAACAUGAAACACAGAAAUAAAAGUAAAUAUAAAAAUGUUACUUGGUAUAAUUGGCACUUUUAUACAGCUCAAGAACAUGCCAAAUAGGAGCAUGAAAAGACUAUAUGUAGCCGUGUGAGCCUACUCUGCCAUGCAACAUCUUAUGCCUCAAGUCUAUUUUCCUUCCUGCAGCUCAUGCUCUCGCAGAGAAUCAAGAGACAACAAUUUGUCCAUCUCUGCAUUAAAGAUAUUCAGUAAAGAUGCAUUCAUUUGGAGAGGCGAAUUCCAAAGAUUCCUAAUGCUUUUGAGUGAAGAAAUCCACUCAUUCCUCAUUAUUAAUAUUGCUAGUUACAUCCCAAAAAAGACUCCCAAGAAGUUCGUUAACUACAAUUUUUCUUUUGUAAAACAUGCCUUGCCUGAUUGUACUGUGAUUUGCUAUGUGCUUGGAUAAGACUUCCUUAACAUGAGAUUGUAGCCUUUUCCUGUUGACUGAGGCUUGACUGUCUCCCUCUUUUCUUGUAGUGGAGUUAGAUUGCUAACUGUCAAUCUGCUGGGACUGUACUAGAACCUAGAAAAUUUCAGAAACCAGUGCAUUUAUUAACUCUGCAGCUACCUCUUUUAGAAUGCCUGCCCAAUAAUGCAGGCUAUCAUAUCCUGGAUAUUAGUUGGAUUUUAAUUAUUAGAAAACAAUACAGCACAGGAACAGGCUCUCUGGCUCAUCAAGCUCGCACCAAUUCUUAAUGUUCAUUUUUAGACCUAAUUUAUUGCCCAUAUGUGGUUUCUAUGUCUCAAUCAAUAUAGCAUUAAAAUUCCUAAUGUGCCUGCUUCCACCACCUUCACUGGCAGAGAGUUUCAGGCACCCAUAAUCCUCUGUGAAACAUUUUCUGCACACUGUCCCUAAAUUUUUCACCUUGAACCUGCACAGGUUUGUAGUUGACCUUUCCACCCUGGAAAAAGGUCUCUGACUAUCCACCCUAUCUAUGCAUCUCAUAAAUUUUGUAGAUCUCUAUCAGGUCUAUCACCUCUCAGCCUUUGUCUUUCCAGUGAAAACAAUCCAAGUUAAAAUUUGACCAAAACAUUUUUCUCCUGAUGUUAAUCCCCUUUUGUUCAUCACUUUUCAGCCCUUUUGUUCUCUUCUAUUUCUCAUGUGUAAUGUGUUGUCUAAUGUGAAGACACUCAUUGUAUGUAACCUGACAAAUAUUCAAGGCAUGAUU